AUGGAAAGAUUGGUUCUCUUGUCGCUUCUCUUUGUCUGCAUUCAAGCCGUUUAUUCUCAAUCACAGCCUUGGAUUGGAAACCUCUCUGCCUAUGAAAUAGCUUCCUUCAAGAAUCCUGUUCAAGUCAUACAGAUUGUUAAAACCCAGCUGGAUCAUUUCUUUAUUCAUCCUGACACCGGUGAUAUUUAUAUCGGAGCAGUCAACUACAUCUACAGACUGGAUGAGAACUUGGUACAGGUUGUGAAUGUCAGUACAGCAACGGGUGCAGGGGAGCAGUAUGUCAACUACAAUAAGAUUCUGGUUUUGCAAGGAGGUAGACUUAUUACAUGUGGGAGUGAGAGGAAUCCAGCUAUGAGGAUAACGUGGUGUGCAUCAAGGAAUGAGGAUGAUUUAUUGGAAGAUGGUUUGACUGGUCAGAAUGAUUUUGAAGUUGCUGCAUUUGGCAAUUACACAACUGAAAGCAUUGUAGCACCAGGACUUUAUAAUGGUGCACGUGUUUCAAGACUGUAUGUAGUUACCUCGUACUGUGAAGAAGGAUGUCAGUAUUGGUCUGUCCCACCUGUUAGUAGAAGAUUGCUGGUUGCAGGUGAAGGAUUCAUGUUUGCAAACAUCGAUGAUGACUCUGUCGAAUUGUACCGACUUGCCUUUGCCUUUUUUCCCAUCAGUUAUGUGAGUUCUUUUAUAUGGAAAGAGUUUACAUAUUUUGUUUCUUUCCGAAGAGAAGACGCGGGUGAUGCAAGACAUGUUUCAAAGAUGAGUCGAGUUUGCCAUGACAGCCAUAACCUAGACUCAUACACAGAGAUUCUCAUCCAAUGUGAUAGUCAGGCUGGUAAUAAUAUGUACUCUUUGGUUCAAGCUGCCCAUGUUGAACCAGCAGGGCCUGAUUUAUCUCAGUCGUUAUCACUGAAUGCUGAUGAAGAGGUUUUAUAUGCUGUGUUUGCAAAGAAUGGUGCAUACGAAGCAGUCACUGAUGUUCCACAACCCAAGAAAGGUUCAGCGCUGUGUAUUUACAAGAUGAGUGACAUAGAAGCUGCAUUUGAAGCUGCUGUGGAGGGAUGUCUGACUAUUGGUAAUACAUAUGCUGUAGGAUAUCUAGAAAACAACCGUUGCCCUGGGUCAUCAACAGUAAAAAUGCUUCCAACUGAUUGCAAAUAUUCUGGCAGUUCAACUUCCUGGCUAUGGCUAAUAAUUGUGGUAUUUUGUCUGCAGCCACCUAUUAAUCCUGGCCUAUACUGUGAUGCUAUGAGCCUAUACAAGUAUGCUGAUGGUAUUACCCCUGUGGUAUCUACAGCAGUGUUGGAGCUACCAGACCAUUUGACUUCCUCCAUUCUAACCAGCAUUGAACUCGACCACACUGUAGCAUUCAUUGGCACCACAGAAGCACAACUCUUAAAGGUCCAUAUUGAGAGUGGAUCUUCAGCCAGAUUGUAUGAACAGAUACCAAUCCCAUUUGAUGAUGAUCUGAAAGGAUUCACCGCCAAUCCAGUAAAGAGAGAUAUGAAGAUCAAUGAUGCAACGGGAGAACUCCAUCUACUAACUGAACAAAAGUUGGUUAAGAUGCGUGUUGAGAAUUGUGGUCAGUAUACAACGUGUGAGACGUGUAUUGGUACGGAUGCAGAGAUGGAUGGAGACCCAUACUGUGGCUGGUGUACUCUGCAAAGACAAUGUACCCGGUAUAAUGAGUGUCCAUUGCAAGAUGUUUCAUCCCGCUGGUUGUCUUACAACGACCCUCAGUGUAUUGAGAUUACUGAUAUAGCUCCAGAUGACAGCCAUAUUAUCACUGUCGCAGAACAACGGAUAACCCUGACUGUGCAGCAGCUACCUGACUUGCUUAACAGCCAGCAUUAUAACUGCAACUUUGAUGAUGUAUUUAGCAACCAAGCGAACAAAAGUGGAGAUACUCUUCAGUGUACCACACCACCAAGUAAUCUGAUACUUGAAAUCAUGAUGGGAGAUGACUCCUCAUCAAUGCUUUUGAGUGUCGAUUCAACAGAGACAGGAGUCAACUUUGUGAAUCGAGAGUUCAGUUUUUAUAAAUGUUCUAUUCACAAAAGUUGUGUAUCAUGCGUUGCUAGUCGCUGGGCCUGUGACUGGUGUGUCUUUGAGAAUAGAUGCACUCAUGAGAGCACCUCUACUUGCUCUGGAAUAAAUGAAGUGAUUGUGACUGGACAGAAUAAUAAGGGUACCAGCAUGCAAGGACCUGAUUCAUGUCCUCAACUACAGAUUCAAGAAGAUGAGAUAUUGGUCUCUACUGGAGUAGACAGACAAAUUAUCGUCCUGACUGGAAACCUUCCUGAUCCUGAACAGAUAAAGAGUUAUCAGUGUAGUCUAAACAUAGAGGGAGCCAAACAGUCGGCUACAGCAACCCAUGAAAAUGACGUUUUGACCUGUGAAGAAAACUCAUACACAUACGUGGCUGAUGAGCAAGAUUUGAAUGUUGACUUGACGGUGGAGUGGACUGAUACAAAUGACCGGAUACAUCUACUGGAUGACAGAUAUGGGUUCAAAGUAAGACUCUACAAAUGUGAGUCUCUUCGUCCAGACUGUAGUCGCUGUGUAUCUGAGGUAACUACCAACGAAGAGCUUGGAUGUGUUUGGUGUGAUGGGACCUGUGCAGUCACUGACAGUACAGUUUGUUUGAUGACUAACUCCAUGGUUACUCGUGAUAACGGACUCAACUGCCCUGACCCUGUUAUAGAAGAGAUCUUUCCUCUGACGGGUCCAGUAAAUGGGAACACUAUUCUCACACUGUAUGGGACAGACUUUGGUCGACGAUUCAGUGACAUCCAAGCAGUGAUUGUAGGAGGUCGGAUUUGUGACUUUGCUGAAUUGGAGAUGUAUUACCUCACAGGUUCAAGUGUGACUUGUUUAAUAAGAAACAACCCUGAUAACCAGGCACCACAGGAGCUGAUUGUUUAUGUGACUGGUUUAAACGGUGACUUGCAAACGGGUUCAGGAGAUGUCUCAUUUGGAUACAAGGUUCCAUCUAUUACAAGUUUCAGUCCUCGUUUUGGACCAGCAGCUGGUGGGACUCGUAUAACAAUCAAUGGAAUGGCUCUAAAUACAGGACGGAAUAUUCAGGCAUUCAUUGGUGAUAAAGCUUGCAACAUAAUAAGCACUUUUGAUGAAAGCGCACUGUGCAUAAGCCCCAUGGGGUCUGUUGGGGCGACUGGAAUGCUUCAGAUGUCUUUUGAUGGAGUAGUAGCAGACCCUGACCAGAAUUACACUUUCACCAACAACCCUGGCAUUACCAAAGUCAGUCCAACCACCAGCAUCAUUGCUGGUGGUCGGACGAUGAUUGUUCAAGGAACAUAUUUAGACACAACCCAGAUGGCUUCACUUGCUGUUACUAUUGCAACAUCAAUCACCCCAAAUCCUAUGGAGUUUAUGGAGAAUUGUAGUGUCCAAAGUGGCAUAAUGAUGACCUGCAAGACGCCUAAUAUAACAUCAGCCAUAAGCAGCUCUUCAUCUCAACUUAACGUGACCUUUGGCUUCAUUAUGGACGGUGUGAGUGACCUCAUAACGUGGUCACAAGACAACGACGUUGACUUGGAGUUCUUUCCUGAUCCAGAGUAUGACAAGUUUCCAAAUGACUUAUAUGAGAAGACGGAUGCAACCAUCAAGAUUGAGGGUAUUAAUAUUAAUAGUGCUAUAACAGUGUCAGAAGUUAUCGUUUAUGUUGGAACUGCAACGUGUUUCGUUUACUUCAUUAAUGAAUUGACUCUUCGUUGUGAUUUACCCGAUGAACAACUGUCUGCUGGGGACUUCAACGGCCAAAACACAGAGAGAGGUCUUCCUGAAGUUGUGGUGAUGCACAGCAACCUAGAGUUCCGUAUCGGCUAUGUAUCUUACCCCCAGGGCAGUGUGAUCAUUAGUGUGGCCAGCUCAGUGAUUUUCAUCAUCCUGAUCUGUGUAAUCAUAGUCCUGGCGAUUCGGUUGCUUAGAUCCAAGAGAAGAGUUAAUCUUCUGGUUCUACAGAAGGAUUUUCUUGAAGAGAUUAAGAGAGGUAUUCCUCAGAGAAAAAUGGACAUUUUCCAGUUGACUAGUGACGUUGAAGAGAGUGGGAUGCCAUUUGUAGGUCACCGUGACUAUGCUACUAACAUGCUGUUCAUUGGACAAGAGGUUCGACCAACCACAACAGAUCAAGAGUACUGUGAAGAAUCCGUGAUUGAAGAAGCAAUGAUGAAGUUCUCCAAGUUACUAGGCAACAAGAACUUCUUAUUAAUUUUCAUCCAGACCCUAGAUACAGGAAGCCGCUCAAAAAUGUCAGUCAAGGAAAGGCAAUCGAUAGCAUCUUUACUGACUGUUACCAUGGUGUUGAAUAACAAACUAGAUGUCUUAACACACGUCUUGACAACUUUGAUGGCACAGAUGAUUCAAGAUGCUCAUUCUACUGACCAAGAACUCCUACUUUUUAGCAAGACAGACAGUGUUUUGGAGAAGCUUCUGUCAAACUGGGUUGCCCUAUGUCUGUAUGACCAACUGAAGAAUCACACCGCCUACCCUCUGUUUGUGUUGUAUCGUGCCAUCAAAUACCGCACUGAACAAGGUCCUAUUGAUGCUGUCACUGGUCAGGCAGAGUUUUCUCUCAACUUUGAGAAUUUACUGCAAGAAGAUUUAGAUUUUAACAUCUUGACCCUGGUUGUUCUAAACAAAGAAGGAACUAUUAUCAAGGAAGUCAAGGUGCUAGACGUAGACACCAUCUCACAAGUCAAGGAGAAGAUCUUGGAUGCCCUCCAUCUCAACAAACCCUACUCCAGCAGACCCAGUGCCAACCAAGUCAGUCUUGUGUGGCAUCGGGGAGAGAACGGCCGUCUUGUCUUGACAGAUAAAUGCGUCAGACCUGUCGAUAACAAUUGUUGUCGAAUCGCCACCCUAAAAGAUUUUGCAGUACCUGACAAAGCAGAAGUGACCCUUGUGGAUAAGGGACAAGCUGUAGCUGUUGUUAGUAGCUCUGGACCUGUGCAUCAGUUUGAAGUGGAAAUUACACGUGAAUAUUUCGCCCAGGAAACACUUAAAGAUCUUCAUCCGGCUUUGGAAGUGGAGUCCACAUUCACUGAGGAAGGUGGUUACUGCAUCCCAACCAAAGGUAGCAUCCAGCAGAAGAUCCCUCCUGACAAACCUCAAGUAAAGUUUCAAUCAAAGGUCCCUGACAGAACACAAGAGAAAGGGUGUGAAGGGGAGAGUGCAUAUGCUAUUGAUGGUUUCGAGGAUGAAGACCAAAACAUUGAAGGAGUUAGAGAUUGGCAUCUGGCUCGAGGGAAGGAGUCCUUCUCGGUUGAGUACCACAGCACCAAGCAGAGAGGAAGAACCUCAUGCUGUGUCUCAUCUAAUGAACACAGUCAGUGGGCAGCUUACAGGAUUCCAAUCCAAAGAGUUUUAUUGUCAAAGAUCAUCAUCCAAGAGUAUGUUGACAACAUGUUCCAGACCAUUCUCUGUGUGAAGAGGGCUCCCAAGGCAAUCAAGUUCCUCUUUGACUUCUUUGACAAACAGGCGCUUCUGUGUGACACAAAGUCUAAAGACCCGGAAAUUAAAUUUGCUUGGAAAAAUAACAUUUUACCGUUGCGUUUCUGGUCCAACGCCAUCAAGCAUCCAGACUACAUCUUUGACAUCAACCUUUCUCCCUCCGUUGAGGCCAGCAUGCAAAUGAUUGGUCAGUUAUUCCAUGAUGCACAUGAUACCAAGACGGGUAAACCUGGACAGGAAUCCUCUGUUAACAAGUUCCUGUACAGCAGAGAGAGAACCAAGUACCAGCGUCUUGUUCGACAGUACUAUAAAGGUGUGGAGGAGUCUACACCGGUAACCACACAAGACCUCAACACUGAACUACAGAAAGCAAGUCAGAAUUUCACAGGAUUAUUCAGCAAGCUCAACACCUUGAAGCAACUAUGGGAUAUUCUUCUUGUGGUGUUGAAGACAAAAGAUCAAAGUGAUCAAGAGCAUCUGGGAUGCUUGCUGGAGGAAGUGAAAGAAACACUCUCUAGUGGACAUGCUUUGUAAAAUUGCCCCAAGGAUUAAUAAUGCUUUGUAAAUAGGUCUUGGGGUUUGAAGGCAAAACUAAGGUAGUUAAUUAUCUAACAAGCAAUGGUUAGAUUCCACCCGAUAGCAAGCUACUUAUAUUCCUUUUGCAUUGAUUUUAUAACUGCAUCAGGAUAAAUACUCUUUUUGGGGUGGUGGGGGUGGGGUAGCCUUGUGUAAAAAGCAAAGCAGCAAGACUAGACUUUAAAAAUAUCUGACUUCCACUGGCUUUCACCAAAACCUUGGCUCAGGCUCUGAGGUACACCGAGAAAAUAGAAAAAGGUGUUCAAACUUUGUCUUCAUAAUUGGUUCACACCACCUAUUUCCAAACAGUAUUACACCAGUGUGCAUUUUUUGCAUGUGUUGUGUUGUGUUGUGUUUAAGCCUUCGAGAACAAUUCUGUAAGCUUCGAAAUGUCAGGCCAUUACACCGACUCCAAAUCGAUGGUGGAGCCCAAUCCAGAGCCAUAGCCCAAGCUUUUAGAAAAGGACCCUAAUGUUUCAAAACAAUCAUCGAAAAAAUUACUAAUGAAGUAUACAUCUUUGCUGGCGUGAAAAGUGUUUUGUUUAAAGAUGCUAUGUCAGAUUUUUGGCCCCAAACAUUAACAAAUAU